AUGAAUGUAGCAUCAUCGUCUCCAUCGUCUCGUAAACAAAAACGCCUUGGUCCUGCACCAAUUGCCUCAAUGGAAGAUACUACGGCGGAGGAGAAAGCACAGAUGGAGCAGCAAAAUCAUCACAACCUGCAAAGGUGGUCACAGGAAAAAUCCUCAAUCGAUUCAACCCGUGGUUCACCGACCAAAACCUUUGAUUGCCCAUCGGCGCUGAUACCGGCAACUCCGCGUAUAGACAUUAGCCGAGCCUCUUCUCACUCAUCCCAUCACGACAGCAGAGACAGCAGCCCCGAAAAUGUCUUCGAGCAGGUCGGUACGGGCACAUUGCAAGACUCAGGAGUACUCGGGUUUCGGGAGGAAGAUACGCUAGACCUGCGGAACUCGACCGAGGAGCUACAAUUUAUGGAACCAGAAAAAGGAAAUCGAGAGAAGGAGAAACCCAAUACCCAAAUUAACUAUGGAUCUUGCCCAACGCAACGCUACUCGCCAAUCAUUUGGAAGUUGGAAGAACAGCCCAAUCAGCAGCAAUACCAGUUCCAACAGCAACAGCAACAUAAUCGCAAAGAUUCGGCCAGCUCUGAGGUUGUGGCAUUCCUUUCCAUUUCCGGACGAACCAGUCGCCUUUCAAGUGUGGGCAGUCAAGGAUCGGCUAACAGCAAACUGUCGGCUACGUCAGCAGUGUCCGGAAUUUCCCGCUCACCAUCACCCCACAAGAUGCUGCUAGAGACAUCAUUUUGCGGUGCGAAGCCCAUGCAAGCGUAUGCCGAAGGCGGUAUUGUUGGAAGUAGCCUUGAACCGUCUACAGAAAAAAUGCUGGAACAAGUAAUACUGUCCCGAAAGAAGGAUCCAACAGAAGCAGUCCUGGCGGAAGGUAUACACGUGCAGUCCUCCAAAGCAAUGGCCGGCUGCACGCUAGAGGAUGGUUUUCGUCGGGGAGUGCCGGAAGACGGCCCGCAACAACCGCCCCCCGGUGGAGGAGACGCCCAAGCAACCCAGCAUGGUACGGCAGGUGGUCAUGCACGGCGCAAGUCCGAUUGUGGUAUGGGUACCGCGAAUAAUCUCGACAUACAAAAUCUUAAAAGCAAUCAAACUAGCCGCAGCGUUGGCAACAAACGUCACAUUCCGCCACGCGAUUUGAAAAACUCGAUUGUCGGUGUCAUGCCCAGCGGUACGGAGUACAUCCGGAUUAAGCUGAAACCGGACCACUGCUACAGCGAUAACGGCAUCGCAGACAACGAACGCGUCGUAGAAAAGCCGAAGGAUGGUGCCCAAGAACUGUCGGUGCCGUCAGCCCACGAUCGAACACGUGCGUCCAGUAUUACCCGUUCACCGUCACCAGCAAACGUGAGUUUUUCGCGAAAGAAUUCGUUUUGUUCGCUUUUUAAAUUUAAAGAUGGUGUUCCCACUGACAAACCUACUAACCUUCAACAGCAGCACCUACCACGGAAAAAGCGUACUUCUACGGCGUCGAACGAAUCGGGCACUUUGGGCGGUCGGUACGAUCAGCAGACAGAUCAUCCUAGCGCAUCUACGAACUCCACACCAUCAAAGCAGAAGCUUGUGCUGAAAAUGUUCAAAUCAAAACGGGACCCAAAGUCAAAAUCUCCCUCUCCGAUGGGUUCGGCAGCUGACGGCAUCGGCCAGUCGUUCUACAGUGCUGGUAGCAAUGAGCAACAUACGGCAAGCAACAUCGGUGCAGCACGGUCGCCCGGUUCUACAGGUUUGCGCUACUACGACGCUCCACUCGACGGUCAAAGCAUACACAUUCCGUUGCACACGCCACCAGAGGAACGUCGGUUGGGGUCAUUUCGUAGUGCGGCCGGUGUGACCACUUCCUCGUUUGUGGACACAACGGCAUCCGCUGGCGGUGGUGGAUUUGGAGCACAAUUGUCCGUAUCUGCAUCCGGCACACCAACAGGUCAUAGCAGCAUCACUCAAAAACACGCCAAAACACCCAAACAGCAACGCAUUGCCAAUAUGACGGUUACGAUACACGAUCGACCUAAACCGAUGCCGCCGCUCAAAUGCUAUAGGAUCGACAAUCCUGACGGUAGCGUUAUAAUACCACUUAAAUCGCCGAUCGAAGAUAAGGAGAACAGCUCGCAAAAUUGGGAGAACGUUAUCGGAGAACUGUCGCAGCGGAUUGAAAAGCACGUUAGCGAGGAUCACGACGAUAGUUUUAAAAGGCCCAACACUGCACCCACUGGUAAUCAGGGACGGCCGGCAUCGAAAACAUGGAAUGAAAUUGAGCCUGUAAAUCGCCGACAGGAACAAAGGCAUGACAGUGAAUUUGCGACGCCACCUCCUCCGCCGCCGCCACCACCACCGACGUCCCGAACGAAAGCAUCAAAAUCUUCUGUACCUGUUCCGACGGAAAAUAAAGCAUUGGUCGAUGUAGAUGUGCAUAAGUUACAACACGUUCAACAUCCUACAACGUCGAAGAUAAGUACUUCUAUGCGCCAAAAGCAGGCGGCACUGUUCCAGAUGCGCAUGGGUUCUGGCAGUGAGGAACAAAUAUUUAGCACCACGCUUAAAGAUUAUACCAAGGAGAUGAACCGGAAUAGCUCAACCGUAAGCCAAAGCUCGGAAGGCUCGUUACAGAAAGCGUCAUUUGAGCAUGAGGAUGGUGCUGACUGCAGCAAAGUGGAUGUCGACAGCAAUGUUGCAAGUGGUGGCGGCGCGCUGGCAAGGAAACAGUUGGCCGGUAAUUGUAGUGAGCAUCCAAACGACCUUGUGACAGCCGAUAGUGUAACAUCAUCAUCUUCACCUCAACAGGUCAUGCAGGCGAAAGGGGCGAUGCUGAUGAAGGAACUUCAUGAACACCAUAAAAAGCACCAGUUAAGGCAACAACAGCAACAGCAGCAACAACAAAACCACGAGCAGUUACGGGACAGCUAUGGUGCAGAGAGUAGCAUAGAAGCAGUAACUGAUGAUGCAGCAGCAGCAGUAGUGUCACGUAGUAGUAGCCCUGCCGAAUGUAUUAGUAGUGAUGCAAAGCACCACCAGCACGACCACCACCAACACCAACAUCAUCAACACCAGCAUCAUAAUCAUAGCUAUCGUCAAAAGUACCAUAAUCAUGAUCAUUUGUCAUCAACCGAGCGACCAGGCUCGAGUGCUACUGUCGACGAUGGUAUGGCAUCGUCGGAAAGUGAGAAGGAUUCGGAGUUCGAUUCCGCAUCAAUACGGGCCGGACGGCACGCGCUUCGUCCCAAUAUGCUCGCGAUCGAAGAUCACGAAAGUGCUGGUCUAGUAUUUCAGGAAUCAUUUGACGACGAACUGCCAUACAUUCCGACUACGCUGCCGGAAGAGAAACCGGUAGGCAUUAAGCUAGUACCGGCCAAGGAACGCACGCAGAACGAUUUGAAAACGUAUCCUCUAGAGCGCCCACGCUCAACCACUCCGAUCCAUCCCGGUUCCCUAGACAAGUAUUGUCAUGAUCGGUCGGCCACUGCUGGAGCACGUGGAAUGGCUGCACGUGUGACCGUCGGUGGCGAAAAAACAACGUCUCAUCGUGAUUCUACAGCAAACGGGACGGGUGUGGCUAAGCUGCGCAUUAGCUUACCAGUCAAGAAGGCCAGCGAGAAUGCCAGCUCUGGAGUUGGGUCGCGAGUAUUCGAGCAUCGAUCAUCAUUAGGUGCUAUCACAAUGACCACAACGACAGCGGGAGCAAGUACGGGAGGGACUGGUGUAACAGGCAUCGGAACUACGGGUAGACAGUAUCGAUCGACCUCGACGACGUCGGCGAUGAUGUCCUCGAUGGUAAUCAAUAACCGAGGAAUUGUGUCGGAAGAUUCACCAACGCCGCCACCACUGCCACCGCGUAAAGCGUCUACAUCAUCGUCGUCGGUGAAUACGGCCACUCCGCCCGGUCACAAAUGGAUCGACGUUGAAGCAAUACCAGAAAUGCGUAAAGCACCGAAACGUAUCACAGCAAUACCACAGAAACAACAGCAGCAGCUAACGCAGACACGAAACUCAAAUAGUGAUAGCACGGAUCGCUACACGAUCGAUCGUAAGGAAAUGGGCACAGACGGUCAGGUGUACAACUAUGUCAAUCCGGAAGAUUGCCAAUGCGAAUGUCACGAGCAUGAACGGACUGCCGCCCAUUCAAGCACAAGUGUCGGUGCACACGAAGAAAUUAUGGUCUCCUCGAUAGAACUGGCAGACGAUUGCAGACCACUGCUGCGUUCAUCUUCGUCCUCGCUGACGGCGGCUCCCACGGCGGACGAUUGCUCUGCAGACCAGAAACCACUGAUGGACAGAGGAAUUCCAGAAGAUGAGGGGUAA